UUGGUUGAGAAUGAACGGGUUGAGCACGGAAGAGGACUCUGGGACCCAACACGACCAGGUGUGUUGUUUGGUGGAUGCUGGAGAGAGAUGUACACAAUUGGCUGGCAAUGCUGCAUAUAACAAGCGGAUCCAGAAGACCGUCGCUCAGCGGAAGUUGAGGCUGCAUAUAGACUCUGCAGUAAGUGAGAGAGUGAUAAUGCACAAAGGUGUGAUACAGAGUGUCAGAGUCAAGCGUAAGAGACGUGAAUUAUCUGAGGAUUCUGUGGACUUUGAUGGUGACCAUCCGGAAGUAGAGCUGUAUAACCUCCAGGUUAAUACACUGAGACGAUACAAGAGGCACUACAAGUUUGCAAACCUGUCAGGACUCAACAAGGCCCAGCUAGUACAGAUACAGAAGAAACACUUCAAGACUGUGCCUGAAGCAGAGAAAGACUGUCUCACAUACUUCAUCUACAUGAGCAAAGGCCAACGCUCUAAGUAUGACCAGUCGAAAGGCUCCAGUAAUGACAUGUGA